UUCCAGAACCCUUCACAAAUUCUUCUGAGGAACUCGUUUAAUUAUCUGAAAUAUUUGUCUUCGAAACCUGAUAUUGCCGCACUAGUAUAGUAUUUCAUUCCCUCGUUAAUCCUUCUUGUUUAUUGUUUGUUAGAAAAGAAGAAGCAAAAAACAUGGCAAGAGAAGGCCCUAAUUGGGAAGGACUGCUUAAGUGGAGUCUUUCCCACGCCGACGGUACUGACACUUCUCGCAAUUUGAGUGAGGAGGAUAGAAAAUGGUUUAUGGAGGCGAUGCAAGGGCAGACGAUUGAUGUUAUAAAGCGAAUGAAGGAGAUAACACUUGUUAUGAAGACCCCAGAGCAGGUGUUGGAGUCUCAGGGGGUCACUCCUCAAGAUAUUGAAGAUAUGUUGGAUGAGCUACAAGAACAUGUGGAGUCUAUCGACAAUGCUAAUGAUCUUCAUUCCAUUGGUGGUCUUGCACCUCUCCUCGGCUACCUCAGGAACUCGCAUCCUAACAUUAGGGCGAAAGCAGCCGAUGUUGUUAGCACCGUCGUACAAAACAAUCCCAGGAGUCAACAGCUGGUCAUGGAAGCUAAUGGCAUGGAGCCAUUAUUGACAAACUUUACUUCUGAUCCAGAUGUCGGAGUUCGUACCAAAGCACUUGGUGCAAUCUCUUCUCUGAUUAGGCAUAACAAGUCUGGAAUUGCUGCGUUUCGGUUGGCUAAUGGUUACACGGCGCUAAAAGAUGCUUUGGGCUCUGAGAGUGUGAGAUUUCAAAGGAAAGCCCUUAACUUGAUCCACUAUCUCCUUAGCGAGAAUCGUUCAGACAUUGGUGUUAUAUCCGAGCUUGGAUUUCCUCGCAUAAUGAUGCACCUUGCAUCAAGUGAGGAUUCUGAUGUACGUGAAGCAGCACUAAGGAGCCUUCUUGUUCUAGCUCGGGACAGGUCGGAGAAGCCUGAUACCUCAAGUGAAGAUGAUGAUAAACUGAAGCAGAUUCUACAAGACAGGAUCAAAGGAAUUAGUGAGAUGUCUGUUGAAGAUCUAGGAGCUGUGAAAGAGGAAAGGGAGCUCGUGGACUCUCUUUGGAAAGCCUGUCACAAUGAACCAUCGCCACUCUUUCAGCAGGGCCUUCUAUCCCUCCCCGGAGAAGACGCUCCUCCUCCAGAUGUAGCGAGCCAGUAUUUCCAGCUGCCUCUUAGAGCUUUGGCUGCAGACAGAAAUCCCGACCCAAAACCAGACAACGAGAAGAAGGAAGCGCCUUUGUUAUUAGGUCCUGGACCCUCAGCUUAGGUCAGUUUGUUUAACGCAAUUAUGCACCAGAAUCAUUGUAUAUGACUUAGUUAAGAUCUUGUGCUAUAUUUAUACUUUCGCUAUAUUCGAAAAUCCAACCUUUUUAUCUCA